CCAUCUUCAUGGUCUUCAUGGGACGGUCAGCGCUAUCGGGACGAUGAUUAUGAUGCCCAUUCUGAGCUACGGUUACCAACUGAACGACUGCCUGGUGGGGAUCUUGGGAGCCAUCUGUUUCAUGAUGUCCAACAUCAUCAUGGCCACAGCGCCCAUGGGCUGGGUUAUGUAUGUAGAAGCCGAAUGCAAGGAAAAAUGGCACCAGCUGAGGAGCAACUUCAUGAGAGAAAUGAGAAAGAUCAGGGACAAACCACUCGGGUCACCAACCGCCAAAACCAGGAGGUGGGUCUUCUACGACGCCAUGGAAUUCCUCAUCCCCCACGUGACCCCGCGAGGAGCAACAUCUUCAAAUGCCCCGACGCCCCCUGAGGAGGACGCGAGUUCCGAAGUGUACGACGCCCCUGACAACACUUCAACCUCCGCACUCCAGGACGCGCCCGACGACGCAUCUGUUCAAGAAACGAAAUUCUUUAUCACAGACGCCAUCAAAAAACGUCCCAACGAUAAUGGAGGUGAAACUGAUCCGGAGUUCUCAGGGCAACUGAAGAAGAUGCGGGAACAAGCGGCUUCUAGAACUCUAGACAUUGACCCAGACCGCCAGUUUCUGUUGAGUCUGCUGCCUCUAAUGAAACAACUGUCGCCCCGUGACAGUAUAGACGUCAGGAUAGAAAUACUCGAAGCCUUUCGUAGGAAGCUCUUCAAACCAGCCCCACAUACACCGUCAUCAUCACAUGCUAGCGAUAGAACCUCUGAGCACUAGGCCUAAGAGAGAGAGAGAGAGAGAGAGAGAGAGAGAGAGAGAGAGAGAGAGAGAGAGAGAGGCCAUAACUGUAUUCACUACCAGAAAUAAAAGAUUUCUUAGUAUAUCUUGUUCAUUUUAUUUACAAUUGUCUCAUACCAGACCUGCCUACGUGCAAUACAUUUCUUUGUUCUCAUUAUUGUACAUCUCACCUCAGGAAUAAAGGCUUUUUU